AUGAUACAGAUCGACUAUCUCUUCUCCCCAUGGAUGCUCAUGGCCAUUACUUCAACCACGAUAGUUGUCCCCAGCUUGCAUUCCUGGAACAUCACCUUGCGAGUUUGCAGAGUCGUUCCGGAUUCAGCCAUCAUCUUCCGCUUUGCUUUGGACGGCAAUCUUCAAGGCAUGAAGAUGUUGUUUGAUGCAGGAUCCGCUUCAGCACAUGAUGUUGACGCUAGCACUGGAACCUCACCGAUGGAUGUCGCGUGUGGCCGUAUCUUAGGCGGAACGGCAUCACCGGAGAUCACAACAGCAUUGACCGAGGACUUUGAUAUCGAAGAACACCUCGAGGAGCGACAACUUCCCGUUCUUCACAAAAUUGUUCUAGGUCUAGCUGAGGCGGAUUUAGAAACCCAGCUGCGAUUGUCAACUAUGGUUAAGAUCGACGCAUUAGACUACCAAGGCCGCACAGCGCUGAGCUGGGCGGCCAUUAGAGGAGACAGUGCAUCCCUGAAUCUACUCCUGAAGUACGGCGCUGACCCGAAUGUCGUCGCCUACAAUGGCGACGCGCCACUUCGUUACGCGACGAGGGCGCCUGACCCACGCUGUGUUAGGCCCUUGCUUGAGAGUGGUGCGGAUGUCAAUGCUGUGAACGCAUGGAAGGGAAAUCCAUUGGCAUACACCACGGCGUUUCGAGACGACCUUCGGUACUUGAAACCCUUGUUGGAGAAGAGCGUCGACAUGGAACACAAAGAUAGGCACGGACGCUCGGCACUAAUGCGCGCAGUCCUCAACAAUCGUCCAAACCUAGUCAAGUGCUUGCUAGGAAAUGGUGCAAAGCUUGCAGAAGCCGAUGCUUGGGGUUUCCGGCCGCUGAUGGUAGCUGUUGAGCGCAAAUUCCACGCAGUUGCUCACAUCAUUCUGCAGAGCGGUACUUCCGAGUUGGGCGUGGAACCCCUCUCGUCUGUUCUCGAAAUUGCUUUGGUCUCUGGCGACCGUCAAACCGUCGAGAUGCUUGAAGGACUUCAGUCACGAGUACUGAACGCUGGUGAGGAGGAUUCUGAAGUUGUAGGAGCUGCCACCAACGACUUAAAAGACCUAGGAACACAGAAUGAUACGACACAGCUUCAACAAGCUGCACGAGCCCUUACAACUGGUUUCCAAGCUUCAAAACCCGCGGUACCUGUUUUAGUGUUCAGAAAAGAAAAGGUAAAAGCUGCUUGA